AGACUGUAUGGUGUGUUUCCCUACUCGCUGACAAAGAACAGCUGUGCUUGCAGACGUCUGUACUGUUGUAUUUGGUGUGGCAGCUGAAGGUUCAAUCUAGUCGUAUUAUUGUAAUUGUUUAUUGCAGAAAAUGAGUGAUAAACAUCUGGGUAAAGGAUCCAAGAAUCCACCCUUGUCUAAAGGGAAGUUAAGAUUGUACAGUAUGAGGUUCGACCCCUAUUCACAGCGGGUGCAUUUAGUGCUUGAUGCAAAAAAGAUACCAUAUGAUGUAGUGAAUGUAAAUCUAACGGAAAAACCAGAAUGGCUAUAUGAGAAGAGUCCCCUAGGAAAAGUUCCAACCUUAGAGCUGGAAUCAGGAGACUGUAUCUAUGAGAGUAUGAUCAUUGCAGAUUAUCUUGAUGAGAAAUAUCCACAAAGACAAUUAUAUCCAAAGGACCCUUUGAAGAAAGCAAAAGACAAGCUUUUGAUUGACCAGUUCAAUAAGGUCAUUUCAAAUCUGUACAGACUUUAUCAAAACAUGGAUAGAGAAUUCUUGGAUGCUGUUAUGAAGGCACUGGAUGUCUUUGAGAGGGAGAUCGUUUCAAGAUCAAAGCCAUUCUUCGGAGGUGAUAAGCCAGGAAUGCUAGACUACAUGAUUUGGCCAUGGUGUGAGAGGUCCGAAAUGCUUAAAAUCAUGGGAGGAGACCAGUUUGUGCUACCUAGGGAGCGAUUUCUAAGGCUGAUGGAGUGGAGAAAUGCAAUGAAGGAGGAGGAGUCUGUGAAAGUGAGUUACCUCGAGCCAGAAAUCCAUGCCAAAUACAUCAACAGCCACAGAGCUGGUUAUGCAGACUAUGACCUGCUUCUUAAUGCAGCCAUUUGCAUUAAUGAUGUGUGACAACAGAGAUGAGAUAGUAGAACUGCAGUCCCAUUGAACAGACUGGUAUAAAACAUUCAGAACUUUAUUCAGAGUAGUGAUUCAUGAACUCUGUCUCACGCUUCACAUUUUUGAAUGUUUAUAGAAUUAACUGAACCAGUAAACCACAGAAUGCUCAGGAAAGUAUGCUGAAGUGAUGAUCAGGUAUUGGUGAUGUUAUUUUUUACAUUAAACACUUCUUUUGGUCAGAAGUUCUCAAAUGUUAUUAUUCUCAAAAUGUCUGGUGCCAAGAAUUAAUUUUCAUCUUUCGGAUAUUAAAAUUCAAUUCACUGUGCAAAUAGGUUAGAACUGCUAUGUGUAAACCCAUAAAACCAGUCUGUUGUAUGAUUAAAAAUUGUCUUAACUAAGAUUUUUAGGCUUGUUGGCAAAUAUCUGGUCUUUUUACUUAUUUGGGUCAUAAGCUACAUUUGUAGGUUAAAAUGACAUAGUAAUAAUGAUUCAGAAGAAAUUUAUGUUAUUAUUCAUUAAGUAGGACUACUUAGAUGUGACACCAUCCUAUAUAGUCAUUCAAGAAGUUCUGUUUAUUAGAAUUAAAUGUUACUGUCCCACAAAUAUAUGUCAGUAAAGUGACUAGCUCUGGGUUGAAUGACAAUGGUUCAAUUCACAGAGGGUAAGGGAUCUGUCUUGUGAGCAUACAAGCUCUGGGGCCCACCUACCACUUGGUACUGUAGACUUUCUGUAGGGAUAAAGUGGUCAGAGCUUGAAGAAGACCAUUACUUCUAUAUAGUGUCAAGAUUAGCAAUAUAUUGAGCUUUUAUGAAUACCGUCUCUUGACAUCUUCAUGGGAGGUGCUUGUGAACAGGUGCAUGCAAUUGUUUUUUAAAAUGACACACUUGCUGCCAUUGAGCUGGGAUAGCUCAGUCAGUUUUGUGUCUGUCUACAGACUGGAUGACCAGGGUUCAGUCCCAGUGCAGACAAAGAGUUUUUAUUCUAGCCCAUUCAUCCAGCCUGGCUGUGGAGGGCCAACCUAACAACCUAUCUAGUAUGUAAUGGGGGUCCUUUCCCCGGGGGGUAAAGUGCAGCUGGGGCACUCGUUACUUCCAUCUAGUAUUGAGGUCAGGAAUUAGGAGGGGCUCUACUUCCUCUCCUUCCCCAAGUGCCAGCAAGACAGUUUGAAUGUCCUUGGCUUCUUGAGAACUUUAAAUCUGCCUGUUGUAAAAGUAAUGUUCCUGCCCAUCUAGGUAAAAUAUGUUUAAGUUGCAGGUGUAGAACCUCUUUGGUAUACACAAGGGUUUUUAAAAUUUAUGGAAGUUUUAGUGAUAAUUAAAUGUUUUAGCAUGUGUAAUAAUCAUUCCAAAACAGUGUCAUUGUUGCAAGGUCUAAAUACUUAUAAAGUUAAGUAAUUGAAUAUAGAACAGUGUGGCUGAGAUUUUUUUGCCAUGAAAGUUAAAAUAAUGGCAGUUAAUUGCAGUAAAUAAACACAUUAGGUCAAAUUCUUUUGAAACGCCACAAAUUUAUCCUCAAAUUUCUCUCUUCAUUGUUAAGAUGCAAUAUGUGAUAUAACAUCACUUAUUGAAUAUAUGUUUUAGAUUUCUAUGAACAUACGUUUUAGGCCUUGCGUCUUGCAGUUUUAAGCUGUAAAAUGAAUGAAGAAAUUAAUUUAGAUAUUUGUAAUUUAUUGAUACUUAGUGUUUUUUCAGUAAAUUAUUUAAUAUAUUACUAUGAUGAAUAAAAACAUAAAUUGUGAGAACCCUAAAAUAUGUCGGGUAAAGGAAAUGUGUUUAUUGUACAUUUUGUUGAUAAUGAUUAUCAGUCAGUUUAAUUUGUUUCUUAUCAACAGAAAAGAUAGUCUUGCUUGGUAUUUUGGCCCCCAAAGUUGUCUCUUUAAUUGUGAUUAAUUGGUAUUUGUGCUCAUGUACAAGGUCCACAUCAGAAUAUGUGUGAUUGUCCAAUGUUCAUGAUACAAAUAUUCUUCAGCAUUAAGAAGAGAUAAAACAUAGUUCACUAAAUUUUUACAAUUAAAAUGCUGCAACUGAAUAUAAGUUUGAGACUUUCUGAUAUUCCAUUGAGGUAAAUUGGUACUAUAUAUAAAAUUAUUUUUAUUUCUUAACAUAUAUAAUGAGCAAAUAACUGUUAUUCUUGUAGUGUAAGUAGAAAUGUCAAGAGUGAAGGGUUAUGUCCAGUUUUCACUUACAUAUUUUCUGACAUCUGAUUCUUUAGAGGAAGUACUUAAUUUUAUUUCUAUGUAUAAUUUGUCAGUUCUUUUAUUUUAUUAUAGUUAUUUUUCAUAAGGGGCUACAGGAUUCUUCCUUGCAUUUUAGGAUAUAUAUAUGUUUAAUAAUAGUAGCUUGGUUGUUAUUUAGAACUCUAAUUAGAAUAAAAUAUUUUGUUUUAUUUACAGUAAUUAAAUUAUUUUUGUUUUCCUAAGUGAAUACUAAUGUUCAAUUUCUGAUAUAAGUAUUUUAGCACAUUGCUCCCAGUAUUUUUAAGCCAAGCAGUUCUGUAGAGUACCAGUUAUAUAAAAUCAUAGGUUGUUGAAUGUAGAAGUGUGUAGCUAUUCUUAUAGAAAACUUUAUUUUACAUUGUACAAAUUCAGUAGAUUUAUAACUUCAAGUGCCUGAUUAUUUAAUUAUCGCUUACAAAUCUGCCUUGUUUGCUGUCACAUUGUUUGGUGUGAUAUGAAUACAAAGAAACAUCUGACUUCUGUUGACAGUUAAUUCCAAUUAGUAUGUGCAAUUUUUCACCAGCUGAAAUUAUAGCAUACCGUAAAAAAUAUGCAAACAAAAGAAGUUUGAUUAUAGCAUCUAAAAUAACUCUGUGUUCAAAAGAUUGAUCCAUUAGCUGACUUGACAGUAAAUUAUACAUCAUACAAGAGUUCAUGGAUUGUUACACAAUCAAGGCACAUAUUUAGAAGCUAGUAGGAUAAUUGUAAAGGCUUCAAAACUCAGUUUGCCAAUGCAAUCAAAACCAUGCUCUUUUGGUACAAUGGUAAAUUCAAAAUGUUUAGUAUUGUGUUAACAAGCAACAUUUAUUUAUUAUUAUGUAGCCAAUUUAAUAUAGUAAGGAUAAUAAACAUUUUAUUUUACUACCAGUUA